UUGAAAAAAUGGUUUGCAUUAAAACGUGCUGCUUUUGCUUUAAAAACACUAAAGAUGGAUCCUUGGCCUGUGCCGUGUUUUAUAUGGUUAUGUGUUUGAUGAAUGCAACUUUAUGCAUUUAUGUGUUGAACAACGACGAAGUUAUGCACACUGUUGCUCAAAAUAUUAAAAUUGGAGAAGACUAUGAAAGGAUUGCGUACAUAUCCCUGUUGACAGAAACGAUAAUUAUGUUCGUGAGUAGUGUUUUACUUGCAAUCGGAGUGAGAAAAGAUAAUCGUUACCUCUUCUUACCUUGGAUGUGUUGCGCGGGUCUCGAAUGUUUUGGCUUAAUUGUCCUCAUACUUUUAAUUACGUAUUUUAUUAUGAUUUCAAGUGUUUAUCCUGUCUUUGUAAUUGUUCUUUUGAUUUUGCUGUUUGGAAUUUCAUUUGUGCUCUACAUGCUGUUGUGUGUCUCGUCACAAUACCAAUUGCUGGCUAAUAUGCCACUUCUCAUCACUUACAAAAUUUUUAACACAUGCAGCAGCUACGAAAUAGACAACAGCUUGACACGUGACUCCGUGUUAUUGAGUACCUAAUAGUCGAUUCGUCGGAAUGCCUGUUGUUGUUACGAUGAGAUGAGUCUGCUCCACCUAAUAUUUGAGUAAUCUUUCAUCUGUGAGCAUAAAUUACAUAUACAAAUCAAUAAUAGUGAACUUUCUAACGUUACGGAUUGGGUGUAAAGUAACUAGGCAUUGAGAAAUCGCUCUAAUUUCUAUAUUUCUAAAGCAUAAAUAUGAAAUAAUUUUCUUCUUGUACAUUUCUAAAUGGAAAUUUAGAUUAGUCCCUCAAAAGUCAAUGUAGGCACCGGCGCCAUCCAGUAACUUCCUGUAACAAACGGGGAUUGUGAUAUGGAUGGACGUCCACUUUUCUAUGCGGCCGCAACCAAACUUGCGUUCAUUAGUUGCGAAUGACAAUUGUUGACUGUUUCCGAACGGAUUAUUCAAUGAUGUCCGUACUCCACCAUGCUGUACAGAAAUGUAUAGUAUAGCAAUCAAAGAUUUCCACAUCUCAUUGCUUGCAACAAUCAUUGCUGGCUCCCGAACAGACAAUCGGUCGGCUAUCUAUUUUGUCAUUACACUUGCGGACUCUCUCUUCACUGUCCAUAAUACCGAUGCAGAAAUUAUAAAAUUUCAUUGACGUUUGUGCAUGAUCAUAUAAAUUUUAUUAGUAUUGUGUUAAUAUUACAAAAAUUGUAGUGAUUUUUUAAUGCCUACUGACUUUCCAUCCAUUUUGUAGACAUUACUCAUUCUUACGUGUGUUAGUAUUGUUGAACGAUAUUAGUUUUAAUGAAUACAAAUGUAUAAGCAUUAAACUUAAAAGUAAAUAUUAUAAAUCUAAAUGUGGAUUUUAUUAUUAACGUAACAAUUAAAAUGUACUGGGAUGCAUAACAGUGAACGAAGAGAUUUUGGUAUUUUUCUAUCUGGACGUGUAUUUAAGACAAUUGUUUCUUACACUUUCCCAUGUUUCUGCUAGCUUCAAUCGUUUGUAACACACAUACACAAGAAAAUAGUUUUGUACUGUUGUAUAAUUGAUUAAAGUAU